AUGUCGGGCAUCAUCUCAAGCUGGACCGACACGAUAUCCAAGGCCCUCUCCCCUAGGAAACCCGCCUCGGAAGAGCCAUCCGACAAGAUGGUCCCCUCCUCAGAUUCAGAGUCGCGCGGCACCAAGCGCAAGUCAGACAUUUACGACGUCACAGACGACCUACAAGACGGCCUCGCAGCGAGCACACCCGAGAGCGGCAAGGCGCGCCGAUCAAUUGGCCCCGGCUCCGUAACAGCCAGCGGUAGCAAGAUUAAGCGUCGCUACCGCCUAAGCGCAGCCCAGAACGACAUUUCACGAGACGUCGACCCUCGCGUAGAUGCGCCCGCAAACCUCGAGCGCGCGCUAGCUCCUGAUGCUGUGCGCCUGCAACAACCAGGCCCGCACGAUCAUGGCUCGGUCAUUGCUGCUGUCCCUGUAGCCGACAUGGGCGGAACCGCCGAUCUCUUUAGCCCGCCGAUAAACGAAAAAACCGAAGUGCCCAGCUCGAGCCCCGUGAACUCACAUCUCCCACCGAAAGAGACAGGUCCCAAGUCAUCAGCAGCUCCCGAGGCGGCGCAAGAAAGUGUCAAGGCGGAAGCCGGCGGAGAGGCGGAAAUUGCAGAGGUGCAGGCGCUCCUUGACCACAAGAUGCUAGAAGAUGACAGCGUAGACUUGCUGGUUCACUGGGCAGGCGAGCCCGCGGAGCAGGCCACCUGGGAGCCAGAGCAGGAGAUCCAGGACGGAGCGAGUGAGCUGCUUUAUAGCUAUUGGAAGAAGGCUGGGGGCCGGACAGAGACCCUCUUCCAGACCAUGACCGAGGUAUAUCACGUCUUCCGCAUUCUCAACCACGAAAAGAAGCCCCGCGGAGGCUUUGUGCUCGAGGUCCAGUGGGUUGGCUAUCCCGCCACAAAGGGCAACACGAGCUGGGAGGGCGAGGCCAAGCUCCAGCAAAUCGCGCCCGACUUGCUGAAGGAGUACUGGGACAGUGUUGGUGGCCGCAGUAAAUUCCUCGCCAAACGGGGGCGGACCAAGAAGAAUUGA